AUGGAAGGUAAUGCCUUUCAAGGGACCAUUCCCAAGUCUUGGAACACCUUGACAGGUAUUGAAGAGUUGGAUUUCUCACGAAAUAACUUGAGUGGGCUAAUUCCAAAAUAUCUAGAGAAUUUUACUUCAUUACGUAAACUAAAUCUUUCUUUCAAUGAUUUUGAGGGCCAAGUGCCUGUCCAAGGGGUGUUUGAAAAUGCAAGUGGGAUUUCUGUCAUAGGGAACAUCAUCGUUGUUGCUGUGUGUUUGAUUUUAUUAUUGUUGUGCUUCACUCCUCUUCUUUGGAGAAGAAAAUCAAGACAGAAGCAUUUGCAAACUUCCUCGGAAGACCGGUACAAGAACGUCUCUUAUGGGGAGCUUCUCAAAGCAACUGAGGGGUUCUCUUCACACAAUUUGAUUGGCGUAAGAAGUUAUGGUUCUGUUUAUAAAGGAUACUUUGUUUCAGAUGGCCAAAUUUUUGCAGUGAAAGUACUCAAUCUUCAACGACAAGGAGCUUCUAGGAGCUUCCUUGUAGAAUGCGAGGCAUUGAGAAAUGUUAGGCAUCGGAAUCUCGUCAAGAUCUUAGCAUCCUGCUCAAGCAUCGAUUUUAAGGGCAAUGAUUUCAAAGCGCUAGUUUUUGAGUACAUGCCGAAUGGAAGUUUAGAGGAGUGGUUGCAUCCAAAAGUCGAUGAGGAACAUAAGCCAAGGACUUUGAACCUUAUUCAGAGGUUAAACAUAGCCAUUGAUGUGGCUUAUGCUCUGGAUUAUCUUCAUCACCAUUGCCAAACGCCCAUUUCUCACUGUGAUCUCAAGCCAACUAGCCAGUGUGAGUCUUUUGGUGCCUCCAUAUACUGGCUUAGAAGCCCAACACUAGAGGCUAUAUCUGUCCUAGCUAGUGAUUGUGAGGUAUCUGAGACUUCCAAUCAGACUCUUGAAUAG